AUGAAAGAGAAGCCAUUAAUAAUAAAUAAUAUCUUUGUAAAUAUUCAAAAAUAUUUUUUUAAUUUUUAUUAUUGCAUGUCAGCUCCAUUCUACACCGUCAAAGACGUACCUGCCUAAGAUUUCAUUCAUGCAUAUGCUGAGUAUUUGAAGAAAAACAAUAAAAUUAAAAUUCCAGAAUGGGCAUCCAUUGUUAAAACUGGACUUGGAAAAGAAAUUUCACCAAUUGAUUAGGAUUGGAUGUAUGUUAGAGCUGCUGCACUUGCUCGUAAAAUAUAUGUGAGAGGUCAUUGGGGUGUUGGAAAUCUGACUCAUAUGUUCGGAUCAGUCAACGAUAAUGGUAAGCACGAAUCCGGAUCAGGAAAAGUCAUUAGAUAUCUAUUCUAAUAAUUAGAAUAAAUCAAAGUCUUGAAGAAAGACAACAAAUCUCUCUUAAAGAAGGGAUCAAGAAUUGUUACCAAGGAAGGAUAAUAAGAUUUAAACAGAAUUGCAACUUAAGUUGCCUUGGCUGCCAGAAAAUGAUUUAUUAAACAUCAAGAACAUUAAAACCUGUCGAUAUUAUUGUAACCA